UUCGUUUGUUUUGGGAGGAAGUGUUGGCUGUUGAUGUGGCAGGAGAGGCGCUCACGGCAGGAGAAAAUCGCCCAAAAAUGCCGAAAAUAGAGAUGAUUCCUUACGAAGAAGGGCGUCACUGAGUUCACUGGACUCGGGAGAGAACGAGGAGAACGACAGGAGGUGACAGCAGAGAGACGGAGAGGACUACCCUGUAGGCCUAUGCACUGCAGAUCGCGCCUGACACCUGUUCUUAAACGUGCUUAGUUCCGCUCUAAGAGGAAGGGACGUUCUGCCGCUCUCUCCGAAGGGGAAGAAGUGGAUUAGCAGCUUCAUUUCCUGAUUAGCAGACAAGAUAACAUGUCUGAGAAAUCAGUGGAUGGUGCGCCUGUCGACCCAAGGCCUCUGGUGACCCUGGCAUCAGAGAAGCUCCCAGUGAUUGGCACGGUUACCACGAUGGAGGCCUUCAUCUACGGCUCCUUCACCCUCCUGGCCCUCCUGGCCCUGGCUUUGCACUUCCUCUCCCUGAAGACCAAGAGCCAAAUCACCUCAGCCAAUAACCCUCAGUUCAAGAGGUUCCAGUUUUCGUUUUUCCUGGUGUACUUCAUGGCAUUGUUCUCUGACUGGCUGCAGGGCCCUUAUGUGUACAAGCUGUACGAACACUAUGGUUAUGCCAGCAACCAGAUUGCCCUCCUCUACGUGGUGGGUUUUGCCAGCAGUGUCAUCUUUGGGACAACGACAGGGCCCCUGGCUGAUCGCUUUGGUCGAAAGAAGAUGGCACUCUGCUUCUGCAUCAUGUACUCCUUCUGCUGCCUGACCAAACUCAGCUCGAGCUUCUUCUGGCUGUUCAUGGGUAGGGUCUUUGGUGGCAUAUCGACAUCCAUGCUCUUCUCAACCUUUGAGUCAUGGUACGUCUAUGAGCACACAGAAACACAUGACUUCCCUAGUGAGUGGCUGUCUGUGACCUUCUCCAAGGCGACCUUCUGGAACGGCGUGCUGGCCAUAAAUGCUGGGGUGUUCUCUAACAUCUUUGCCGAAACCUUGGCCUUCGGACCAGUUGCUCCCUUCAUGCUUGCCAUCCCUUUCCUGGCCAUGGCAGGUCUGAUCAUCUCACAGACCUGGAGAGAAAAUUACGGAAAUCAGGCCAUUGAUCUGAGGAAGUCCUGCAUGGAAGGUCUUCGGUCAAUCUUGUUCAAAGAUUCUAUCCUGUUCUUGGGUGUGGUUCAGUCUCUCUUUGAAGCCAACAUGUAUAUUUUUGUAUUCCAGUGGACCCCUGUCCUGGGACCUGGCCACCCUCCCCUUGGCAUGGUGUUUGCCAGCUUCAUGGUCUGCAUUAUGAUUGGUUCGUCCAUAUAUUCCAUGCUCUUCUCAAAGAAGUAUUCGGCUGAACAACUCUUGCUGGUGGCGGUCGGUAUGGCUAUCAUAGCCAUGUCUUUGUGCAUUUAUUCCACCAGUGGCAACCACUUGUACCUCUCCUUCCUUGCCUUCCUCAUUCUGGAAGUGGGUGUUGGGAUGUACUUCCCAGCCAUCGGGUACCUGCGGUCCCAGGUCAUUCCAGAGGAUCUGAGAGCAGGCAUCAUGAACUGGUUCAGAGUCCCAACUAAUAUCAUUACAUGUGCUGGUCUGCUGCUUGUCCACAAUAAUACAAUUAUUAGUUCAACUGAGUGUAUGUUUGCAAUCUGUACUGGCAUGUUAGUUAUUGCAUUAUUUAGUAAUAUGAAGUUUAUUUCUCUAUACAGUAAUAACAAGACUUUGAUCACUCACACUGAAGAUAGAACACCAUUGACGAAAGAGGAAUCUUAGUGGGUACAAGUAGCAAGAACUUUAGAAUAUAAUAUAUAGGUGAAUGGUGGAAGAGAAACUUCAUUUAUGGCAGAAUGGGCUAGAAAGUUUAGACACAAAGUUUGUGUACUGACAUAUAGUUCAGCUUUGUAUUCCACAAGAUAUUCAGGAGAGAUUUAUAUACUGUUGGGCGUUAAUUUAACUUAGAUUCACUUUUCUGUUUUUCUUUUGUAGGAGUCCUAAAUUCUUCAAAAUGAAAUAGAGGGAGAAUGCCAUGGGGUCAGAUUGAUGACAUAGAUAUUAGUUUUAUUUAGUAGCUAACAUGACAUAGCCAUUUUUAAUGAAUAGUGAUAAGAUAUAGUUCUUUUAUAUCUUCUGGCUUAUAUCUAAAUUUUUAGGGGGUCAUUUUUUUGUCAUAAACAAAUCCGAUAUGGUGGAAUAUGGAGUAAUUAAGGUAAUGAAAUGAAAUAAGAAAAAAUGUAAUGGGAAUAUAUAUUGAUUUCAGUGUUGGAUGGUGACAUGACAACAUAAAAAAAAAUGUUUUAAACUUUAAUUGAUGGCAUAUAAGUGAGUGAAUGGUGGCUGAAAAAGUCACUUUCUAAUACAUAUGAGAUUUACUUAAACUGUAAAGAGUUAUGGUCUGUGAUGAACUUUUAAUUUUUCAGAUCUGUGAUGUAAUAAAAAAAAUAUAUAUAUGCCUUGGAUGAAUUUUAUUUAUAUGUAUGAAAAUGUAAAUGCAUAAGUUUUCUUUUCUCUUUUCUGUUGAAAUAGUAAGUGAACAAAGCCCCUUGAAGCAUUUUCUUGCAGUGGAACUGGUCCCUAUUUAGAAGAGUGCAUAAUUCUAUACAUGAAAAAUAGACACAAGAAGAAAAGGAAAUAACCAUUAUAAACCUGCUGCGACAGCCCAUGUUGUAAAUGAGAAAAUCUAGUUUACUUGCAGGCAUUUCACUUAGAUUUAUUUUUAAAUGUUGGAUAAGUUACUAGUUUGUGACUUGACACUUAUUAUAAUUUUUUUUUUUUUUUUUGUAGAAUUGUAAGGGAUGUACCUACCUUGAAUUGUAAGGGACCUACCUAUAUGUGAUCAUAUAGAUUUGUCUUGUUUGACUAAUGUACGUAAGUGCCAGAUAUAUUGAAGUUCAAAAUUGCAUCCUGUGUGACAGCUGUCCAAAUGAGUUGGAACAUGCACAGAGGGCAUUUCAGCUAAGGUGAAUUUGAGGUGGUUUGAUGAAAAUAUUGCAGCACAUUAUCUGCUGUGAUAUUUGAAAGUUAAGUGUGUUUAACAUCUUGUUCUAAUUUGCACUUCUAUCGAUUUCUGAUAAAACUCAGUGAUUUUCAGUCAGAUUCCUCAUGCUUCAAAAUUAAUUCAGAGUGAUUCACAGCUUCAGCUUUGUAUAUCUCAGGGCUCAGCCCAUGGAUUUAUAUUGUUCCUGUAUUAUUGGAAAAGUAUAGAUGUUUCUAAAAUCCAUUUAAUUUGUGCAUUACAAUGUAUUUUGUAGUGGAGGGUCAUAAUUACAGCUUUGAAUACAAGUGAGAUGAGAACCAGAGGUCUGUACGACAAGAGAAGAAUCUCUUGGUUAGGUGUUGGUUAAACAAGUACUAGAUAUAUCAAGAUAAAUCCCCAUCACAAAAAAGAGUAUCUCGUAUAAUGUCAUGCGGUUGAUUCUCACGCAUAGAUAAAGUCUUUGAUCACUUGCUUUUCCAGUUUCAAGAAACAAACAGUGCCAGCCGUCGAAUGAGAAAUUGAUAAGCCGAGAUAGUAGAUAGAUCAAGUGACAAGUUGAGAUGGCAUGUGGAUGAAUUGAUGAGUUCUGAUAGCAGGUAGUUGUUUUGGUAGACCCGAUGACCUUCUGGUGGAUCUGUGAGUUGUGAGGCAGCUAAAUUAUCCUCAUUUCCAAUAUGUAUAUAUUCCAGGCAUCUUCAUAUUGUAUGUUUCUGUGUGUCACUUCUUUGUAUAUUGCAAGAUUUUUUUGUUACAUUUUUUAUAAUGAUGCACUUCAGAAUCACACAUUUGUGAUGGAGUGCAGAUCCUUAAUAUGGAUAUGCCUUUCAGGGCAAGAAUACAUGCCAUACAGACUGUAAUAUAAGUUCAUCUAUUGUCUUUACACAUAGAUGGCUCUACAAGUGUUUAGUCCCCAAGGAGUCAUUUAUUAGUCCUAGCCAUCUCACCAGUUUACCCUUUUCCCUGUUUUUUGGAAAGCUUCAUUUGUAUUAUUUUAUGGCCUUAAAAGUUGUUGAUAUUUUAUUAACAAUUUGAUUAUAAUAAUAUCAAUAAGAAUAAUAACAGUAUCAAUGUAUCAAUAUUAAUAGUAUUAGGAAGAAAAACACAUUUUCCUGCAGAUUCAAAGAAUGGGGAAAUCAGGCUUUGGUCACUAGAGCCUACUGAGAGACUCCUUGGUGGCUGAGCACAUGUGGAGCCAACUGUAUGUAACAAAAUUCAUACAGAAAACUACAGGGGACAGAAAAAUCCAUUGUCAUUGGGAUAAUACAUCCAUUAGAUUUACUUCUGUGCUAGAAAGAUAGAUACAGAGGAUAUAGGUAUAUUAAUUGAGUUGUGAUACGCAUACAUCAUGUAUAAUGUAUUCAUUGGUAUUACAUGACAAUUUACAUGAAUGUGCCAGUAUUCUUAAAGUGAAAUAUAAUCAGAUUUUUAUUUAUUACACCAAUAAAGAUUCAUUGCCAGAAUUUUA